UUGGUACUGACAUUUGAGGGGGACCUGGUUGUUGGUGUACUGCUCCUGGGGCAAAUCUACAUCUGCCCAUCUGGGCAGGUAGUUUGUGCCUCCAGAAGGACUGGCUUUUGUUUGCCCAUCCUAGUAUGGCCAAUGAAGAAAAUGAUCCAGUUGUACAGGAGAUUGAUGUAUACCUGGCCAAAAGCCUUGCAGAGAAGCUCUACCUAUUUCAGUACCCUGUCCGCCCAGCCUCGAUGACAUAUGAUGACAUCCCUCACCUGUCAGCCAAGAUUAAACCAAAGCAACAAAAAGUGGAGCUCGAAAUGGCAAUUGACACCAUGAAUCCCAACUACUGCCGAAGCAAAGGGGAGCAGAUAGCGCUCAAUGUGGACGGCACCUGCACAGAUGACACGAGCACCUAUUCCACGAAGUUGAUGGACAAACAGACUUUCUGUUCUUCACAGACCACAAGCAACACCUCCCGCUAUGCUGCCGCUCUCUACAGAAAAGGCGAACUUCACUUGACUCCUCUGCACGGCAUCCUGCAGCUGCGGCCCAGCUUCUCCUACCUGGAUAAAGCCGACGCCAAGCACCGAGAGAGAGAGGCAGCCAAUGAAGCUGGGGACUCUUCUCAGGAUGAAGCUGAAGAAGAUGUCAAGCAAAUCACGGUGCGUUUCUCUCGACCAGAGUCAGAGCAGGCUCGCCAGCGGCGGGUUCAGUCUUACGAAUUUCUCCAGAAGAAGCAUGCUGAAGAACCAUGGGUACACCUACACUACUAUGGCCUGCGGGACAGCCGAUCUGAGCAUGAGCGCCAGUAUCUUCUGUGCCAAGGCCCUGGGAUCUCAGAGAACACAGAGCUCAUCAAAUCUCCAAGCGAGUACUUGAUGAUGUUAAUGCCUCCGAACAUCGAGGAAGAGAAAGAAAAACCUAUGGCUCCCAGCAACGUCCUGUCGAUGGCGCAGCUGAGGACUCUGCCUUUGGCAGAUCAGAUUAAGAUACUGAUGAAGAAUGUGAAGGUCAUGCCUUUUGCCAACCUGAUGAGCCUGCUGGGCUUAGGGACGGACUCAACGUCUGUUCUGCGCUGCAUCCAGCAGGUGGCGAUGCUGGUGCAGGGAAACUGGGUUGUGAAGAGUGACAUCCUGUACCCAAAGGACAGCUCCAGUCCUCACAGUGGGGUGCCUGCAGAAGUACUCUGCAGGGGUCGGGACUUUGUUAUGUGGAAGUUCACACAGAGCCGCUGGGUAGUAAGGAAAGAGGUGGCAACGGUUACAAAACUCUGUGCAGAGGACGUGAAGGACUUUCUGGAGCACAUGGCUGUGGUGAGGAUCAAUAAGGGCUGGGAGUUCUUGCUCCCAUACGAUGAGGACUUCAUCAAAAAGCAUCCAGACGUCGUCCAGCGGCAGCACAUGCUGUGGAUGGGCAUCCAGGCUAAGUUAGAAAAAGUCUAUAGUCUUCUAAAAGAGACCGUGCCAAAGACUGCAGAAGGACAAUCAGUGCCUGUUAUGCUCGUCUCUGGGGAUCAGCGGGUCCAAGCAGCCAAGGCCAAGGCCCAACAGAACCACCUGCUGCUGGAACGGGAAUUGCAGUGGAAGAAGGAGCAGCUGCAGGCAAUGCAGGCCUCAUCUGGCAUGCGCAUCAAAGAGGAGCCAGUGAGUGAAGAGGAGGAGGAGGAGGAAGAAGAGCAAGGUGACAAGGAGGAAGAGCCCAUGGAUACCUCCACCUGUGGCAGCCUCAGAAACAAGUUGGCCAAUGGGCUCCCUGCUGGGCGAGCCGUAGGUGGUGACACCCUCAAUGGGCACCCCCCAGCGGGCUGUGGGGAAGCACCCAUGGCUCGGGAACUGAGGGCCUUUGUGGAGGCCACCUUUCAGAGGCAAUUUGUGCUCACUCUAAGCGAACUGAAGCGCCUCUUCAACAUGCACUUGGCCAGCCUGCCCCCUGGGCACACACUGUUCAGUGGCAUUUCAGACAGGAUGCUUCAAGACACAGUGCUGGCUGCUGGCUGCAAACAGAUUUUGGUGCCUUUUCCCCCACAGACUGCUGCUUCUCCUGAUGAGCAGAAGGUGUUUGCACUCUGGGAGUCUGGAGACAUGAGUGAUCAGCAUCGACAGGUUUUACUUGAAAUAUUUUCCAAAAAUUACCGGGUGCGUCGGAAUCUGAUCCAGACUCGACUAAAUCAAGAAUGUGGAGAAGACCUCAGCAAGCAGGAGGUGGAUAAAGUGUUAAAGGACUGCUGUGUAAGCUAUGGAGGCAUGUGGUACCUUAAGGGAACAGUGCAGUCCUGACAGUCAUAGUGAACUGCGUAACCCCACAGAUGUAGGCCAGAGGAUGGAUACCACAGUGAGCAGAGAUGGAAGUAACACCUUGACUUGCUUCAGGGAACAUGGGGCAGGAUCUGAUCUUCACGUGGCCAUGGGGCAUUGCACAAGCCAGCUACAGAGGUCGUCACGUUCAGUUUGCAUGGCCGGCUGGAGGCAGGAGUGCUCCCAGGAGAGAUCAGCCAGGAUCCUCUUCCAGUGUCAUUUGGAAUUCCUAAUGUAUUUUGCUUCUCAUUUGGUUCCAUUCUAAUAAUAAAAAGAGUAUAUACUGAUACAGGCGAGAUGGAAAAAAAAAAUCAUGGUUUAAUAUUUUAUUUUGUAAUUCAAUGCCAACCAAGUUAAAAGUUCUGUUUACAAGAUGAGAAAAGCUUGAGGUUUUUAAUAUUUAAAAUGCCUAGAAGCUGAUGCUCAGUCUUAGAUUUUCUGUCCAUAAAAGCAUCUGCCAGUUCCAUUAAACAAGCCAAAUUGCAGUAUAACACUGUUGGGUUUUUAUAGCCAUUUAAAAAUUUUAAACAAUGUUACUACCUUAUGUAGCAACUUUCUCUUAAUUGUUUACAUAAAACAGCAGAUAGAAAGAACAGACUUAUGACUUAAAUUUAUAUAUUCUUUUAACCUGUUUGCAUAUCUAUGCAAAUAAAGGUAAGUCCUGGACAAUAUGUAAGUGUAGUUAUCACAACUUGUGAUGUACAGAUUUCUAUUUUGUGUAUUUUAAAAAUAAAUGCUAACACAAACUCUUGGCAUCAUUUGGGUGCCACAUCUUUUUAAGACAAAAGAAAAGCAAUGUAACCAGCUCUUAAAGCAGUUGCACAAAAAGUGGAGAAAGCUCCUUAAAUAGAAAGGAAAAUGAGAUUUUUAUUAUAAUGUCAAAACUAGAUGUAUCCAAGCUCUGAUGAACAGGUUCUUUAUAGAGGCAUUACCAGUUCAAUGUAGCCAAUAGCUAGACCACAUGAGAUGCUGGGAAAUCAACCUUUUUGCCUGCAUAUAGGAAAGUACUCAAUUGCCCGUCUGCCUUGUAUGAAAUCUGAGGGCAUCCUUUGUUCACCCUCUUGAUACCAGCUACUUAGGUUGGAAAGCUUUGGAAACUAUGUUGAAAUUCAUUAGUUUUCAGUAAAGGAUCACACCUCCCUUCAAUGGGUGGCCAGCACUGCCUAUUGAGUUAGUUAUGAGACAAUCAGAAUCUUAGAAUCUCAGUCUCAGACUUGGGUCCAGACUCUGGAGAGUAUUUUAGUCAACCUCUAUCUGAACAGGUAUCCUUUUCACAGCAUUCCCACCAGUCUUCUGCUAAAGACUUCUGGUGAUGAGAACCCCUUCCCCUUUUAGUUAGUUCUUUUUCUAGAGGUAAAGUGUUUUUUAGUUUGUAAAAAUACAGGUGAUCAUAUUUUGUUAAAAUCAAAAGACCAAGAUGAGAGAUGGAGUUAUAAAACUUUUAAAAUAUCAGUGAACUAAUUUGUUUAAACUACAACUAAUAAUAAAGUCCUUUAAGGACAGCCUCUGAAAAGAAUACCCUGACUUUUGCUAUGAGGAGGCUUCCUGCUAGCUGAGAAACUUAUGCCAUGAUUGGAUAUAAGUGUGCAACUGGAUCUAAAUGUGGGAAAGUAUCUCUGUGGCUUCCAAAAGACGCACAUUUGAAUGCAAUGGAUGAUAGUGGGUGACUCGGGAAGAUGGAGAAGAGAAUGAUAGUGGGUGACAAAAAGCCAGUGAUGAUAAAAAUAAAACAUUUGAAUUGAAAGAAAUGUAAGUCUUAAAAUAUCUUAUUUAAGUUUUUCACUAUAUAGCCUCUCUUUCUUUUAAAGCGAUCGUAUUUUAGGUGGGUAAUCUAUAUAUUUGGGCAAAUACAUGAAAGAUACGUAACAUUUAGCUUGGUUUAUCUCCAAAAAAAGUUACCUAAUGGAUUAUAUAUAUUGGUCAACAAGGCAAAGUAUCUCUUCUUGGUUUAGAUAGGGAUCUGACUAUGUAGCUUAGUAGACAGUAAGUACCAGGUUAAUGGUUCCAACUUUUUAAUCACCCAUCAAAGAUCAUGAGAAUAGAUCUAUAGAAAAAAGUUUAUUAGGUUAUCUAAUACAUUAGUCACAUAUAUCCAUCCCAUUUCCCACUGGGGUCAGUGAAAGGCACAUACCUCAGAUUUUGUCUUGUCAACUUUUUACACAAUAUACAUGAUCCUGAAAUGUUCCAUCCAUACAUAUGUGUGUGUGCAUAUAUGUAUGUAUGUAUGUCCCAAUUUCUUGAUUAGAUCUAAAUUUUAUUUUGUUUUUUCUGAAAGUGAAGGCACAUGAUUACCUUAUUUUGGGUUCCUCUGGUGCUGUUUUUAAGUUUGGGACCGAGGAGUGUCCAUGACCAAAGGUAGUUCUGUUUGUUUAAAAAAGUUCCGUUUUCUCUACCUUUUGAGCAGCAAUGUGGCACUGGGGAAAGGGGAGGGGAAAACACACUCAUUGGUUGAUAUUUUAGUUAAUCAGCAAGCACUUAGUAGUUACUUAUGUGCCAAGUACUGUUUGGAGUGCUAAGGAUGUAAUUAUGAAGCUGAGAUCCUUGGUCUCUGGAGCUUGGCUUGCCAUUGGGCUUGCCAGUAGGCCUAAAGUAUCAAUUCCCUUAUUUGUCAAAUGUGUGUGUGGGUGUGGGAUUGAACUAGGCUUCCAAGAUCCUGUCCAGCUCUACUGUUUAACGAGCUUCCACAGUUUCUACUUGUAUGCUGGUGGGGUUUUAGGCAAAGAAAGGCAAAUGGUAGUGUUCGUCACAGUGAAGUAUGAGCAACCUACAGAACAACUUGAUCUUCAGGGCAAUUUUAAGUAUUCUCAUUUUCAAGCCAUCUUAAGAAAUAGAAUAAAAAGUACAGUGGCGAAGUACAGUAGCGGAGGUAAAAUGUUAAGCUUAACUCCCAGGGAUAAGGGGAUUUUCCACAUCCGUCAGAUGAGGUGAGCCUUUCUAGUGCUAAGUAGUGAUGCUACUUAUAUUUGCAUAUUACAUCUUGCAUCUGCAACAAUGCAAAGUGCCAAAUAACUGAGCAUUUGUCUCUGCUAAAUAAAUGGUGGUUUAAACUUUGUUUCAAA